CAUAGGACUCUGCUUGAAAACUUCAUUAUAUUGAUCAUUGUUCUAUAUAUUUUUUAAUGGGUAUGCAUUUGAAUAGAGAGGUUACUGUUAAGGUUAUGCUUCAAGUUUUUAUAGUUUUGGCCUUGUCUAGGAUUUCAACUUCAGAUGAACCACCUGCAAAUUUUGUCUUUGGAGAUUCGCUUGUUGAUGUGGGGAACAACAAUUACAUUGCUUCCCUCUCAAAGGCUAACUUCAUGCCCUUUGGCAUUGACUUUGGAAGUCCAACAGGAAGGUUCACAAAUGGAAGAACCAUUAUUGACAUCAUAGGUCAGGAACUGGAUUUUGGUUUGACACCACCUUAUUUGGCACCCACUACAGUUGGAUCAGUGGUUCUGAAGGGUGUUAACUAUGCCUCUGGUGCAGGUGGAAUUCUCAAUGCCACUGGAAAAGUACUAGGUGAUCGAAUCAACUUCGACGCGCAGAUAGAUAACUUUGCAAAUAACAGGCAGGACAUAAUCUCCAGCAUUGGUAUUCCUGAGGCUCUCAAUCUAUUCAACAGGGCAAUUUUUUCAGUAACAAUAGGUUCAAACGACUUCAUCAACAACUAUUUAACACCAACAGUCUCAAUGGAUGAUCAGAAAUUUGCAUCACCAGAACUCUUUGUGGUCACCUUAAUGUCAAAGCUCAGAGAACAGCUCACUAGGCUAUUCAAUUUGGGUGCCAGAAAAAUUGUGGUGACAAAUGUAGGGCCGAUUGGGUGCAUACCAAGUCAAAGGGAUACAAACCCAUCUGCUGGAGAUUACUGUGUUAGUUUACCCAAUCAGCUAGCACAGUUAUAUAACAACCAGUUGAAAUCCCUCAUUGCAGAGCUCAGCUCAAAUCUGAAGGGUUCAAUGUUUGUUUAUGCUGAUGUGUACCACAUUUUAGAAGACAUGCUCAACAAUUACAUAGUAUAUGGUUUUGAGAACCCAUCUUCUUCUUGCUGUUACAUGGCUGGGCGAUUUGGAGGUUUGAUUCCUUGUGGUCCAACAUCGACGGUUUGCUGGGACAGGUCCAAGUAUGUGUUUUGGGACCCUUACCAUCCCACUGAUGCAGCAAAUGUUAUCAUCGCUAAGCGCUUGUUAGAUGGUGAUCAGAAUGACAUUUUCCCAAUGAAUAUUCGCCAACUCUUUCAAUCUUGAGUAUCUCAUUGUUCUGAUGUUAAAAAAAAAAAGUAUCUCAUUGUUCUGCUGAAAUGGAUGUUUGAGGGGAGAAUCUAGGAGACGAAUAUGAAUUUUGUAUUAGCACAUAGGAAGACUGAUCUUUUCGGCCAUGUUUGUUUAUCCUUUGCAUCAAUGUAAAGUGCAUCACAACACCUUCAAAACAAAUAGUGAAACAUGGUAUCUAAACAAUCACUUUGCUGUUGGAAAAACAUCGUGUAUAUUAAUUUAU